AUGGAACGGAAGGGGAAGGGUAGCCGAGGCCGGAAAAAGAUCGAGAUGAAGAUGAUCGAAAACGAACAAGCUCGCCAUGUUUGCUUCUCGAAGCGGAGGGCGGGAGUUUUUACAAAGGCAAGCGAGUUGUCCACACUCUGCGGUGCGGAGGUAGCAGUAAUUGUAUUCUCACCGUCGGGUAACCCUUACUCCUUUGGCAGUCCUGCAGUGGACCCGGUCCUCGACCGCUUCCUAUCGGGCGGCUUGGACCGGAAUAAUGUGGGCUCAGACAACGAAGAGAUCCAAAAGCUGAACCAAGAAUACAUGGAGCUCGCGAAGCAAAUCGAAGCUGAGAAGGCCAGGAAGGAAAGGAUCGACGAGCGGUUGAGGCUCGCGUCUCAGUCCCAAGAGGUCAAGUGGCUCGAGAACAUCGACAAACUGGGACUCGACGAGCUCAACCAGCUUAGGGACGGGUUAUUGCGCGUUAAGGCCCAGGUCAAUGAAAGGGCCCGCGAGCUUCUCGGCAUUCACGGGCCGCCGCUGGAAAAUUUGGGCCUGGGCCUGGACCUGGGCCUAGGCCUGGGCCUGGGCCUGGGCCAUGGCAUGGAUGUUGGGGGCCCAUCUUCAUCGAGUGGCGCCACUGAGCGUGCUUACCCUGUGAAAGCGGAGAACCCUUCUGGUUCGGGUUCGAGUUCAGGUUCGGUUUAG